AUGGAACAGACCCAGCUUUUCAUUGCCGUGGACUUUGGGGCAUAUAAAACACGCAAGUUCCUUGUUUCCUCUGUCAUCUCCAUCCUCACCACUCUAGGCCUUUUGACCACCUGGGCUACCCAUGGCGCUGAGAACGGCAUAAUCCCUUCAGUAUUCAAGUACAACAGCAAUCGCCAGCUCGUCUGGGGGAGGAGAGCGGAGGCUUCCCGCGGCAGAGAACCAUAUGUCUGGGUAAAGCUCGUGCUGGAUGGGUCCCCAGAUGUGACCACACAGCGCCAGAAUCUGAGAGAUAUCCUGGGCGGUACAAUGGAACUAGAUAACCUUGGCGCCAGACAGAUUAUCGGUGACUUUCUUCGAAAUUUGCGGGAGAGGCUGUGCAGGGAGUUCGGAGCGCUCGAACCCCAAAUCCACUGGUGUUUCACCGAACCAGAUUGCUGGUCAGACCGCGGCCGUUUGGACUUUCGGUCUGCAGUUGAGAGCUUCGGAUGGUUCGGAAAUAACCAUCGCAUUUCCUAUGCAUCAGAAGCUGUCGCUGCGGCCGAAGGGGCUGCCUACGAGCACAGGAACGGAAAUGGCUUAGAGGCUGACGACAUACUUCUUGUGUGCGAUUGCGGCGGUUCGACUACCGACCUCGCCAUUUUACGAGUAAACGGAACCAAUGGCAACCGCCCUUUCACCUUCCAACGCCUGGGAGAUCCUACCAGCAUUCGAUGCGGUGGGUUUGACAUCGACUUGGAAGUGGUGCAGCAGCUCCGAACUGCCCACCCGGACCUACCUCAGGACUCCAGACAGUGGGUAAGCGCUGCUCAGGCUCGCCAGGAUAUCGGCUCUAUGAAGGAACAAUUCUUAGGCGUGACCGGGAAUGAGGUGCAUACACUUCGGAUUCGGCUGCAGGGAAACCGCACAAUAAGCCAUGAUUUCUACCACGAUGCCCUGGUCCGUGCCUUCACUCCAGCUGCGCAACGUAUACUUCGGGCAAUACAUGCACGAAUCACCGCCCCAAUGGAUGCCAGAAUUACAAAGGUGAUUAUGGCGGGUGGGCUGGGCAAGUCGGCCUACCUGCGCCGUCUGGUCGAACGGGAUCUUGCACGCGCUUACCCGAAUGCCGGACCCAAGUUACUGGGGGAACUGCAGCACAGUGUGCAGGCAGUCUCACGCGGCGCAGCACUGUGUGCAGCCAGGUUGCAAGGAGUACAAGGCUUGCAAAGCAACUCCUUCAUCCAACUGGUGGUCCCUUUUGUUGCACGGGUUGGAAAUGAGCUACGAGAAUAUUCUGUAGCUCGUAUAGUUAUCCGACCAGGGCUUAUCCCGUCACAGGGCCACUUCUCGGUCCGCAUGCGGUUCUUGGUCACUGCACCAGAGCAAUAUGUGAGUGUUUGUAGCAUACGGCAAGCACAGACACACCGCCUUGCCUUGCACCCGAUCACCGAUCCUGCUCGUGAGUCUGAGAUGAGAUUGGAGCAUGGUCAACAGGCCGCUCACGAAUAUCUGAUUCGGGUGUACUGGAGAAUCCAGCUCGGGACAUCCUUGUUCAUGCAGUGGAAACUCUGUCUUGAAAAUCCACGCAAUCCUGAUGGGCCUAACGCUCCGGUGGUAGUGGUACACAUGCUGCACCGGAUACCUCCAGAAGACCUGCAGCCCUUCCCAGCGAUUUGA